CGUCGCUCGCAAGCCCGGAAGUAACUGGGAACUGGCAACUUUGUCUCUACCACCCCAAGAGGUGGCUCGCGUGCGGUUUUCUUUCGCUGUUUCCGAACCGAGAUUUGAAGAGAUUUCCUGGAUGUGAAGUGUGGCUUCCAAAACCACCUUUUCCUUGUGCUUUAUUUGUUGCAACAAUGUUUAGGAGAUUGACACUUUCACACCUGCUUUUUACCACUAUCCUUGGAAUUGCUGGAGGAGUAUAUAUUUUUCAACCAGUAUUUGAACAGUAUACCAAAGAUCAGAAGGAAUUAAAGGUGCAGUUGGUACAAGAAUCAGAAGAGAAGAAAAGUUAAUACUACAUUGAGUUAGGCCAGGCGCGGUGGCUCACGCCUGUAAUCCCAGCACUUUGGGAGGCCGAGGCGGGUGGAUCACGAGGUCGGGAGUUCGAGACCUGCCUGACCAACAUGGUGAAACCCUGUCUCUACUAAAAAUAUGAAAAUCAGCCAGGCUUGGUGGUGUGCACAUGUAAUCCCAGCUGCUCGGGCGGCUGAGGCAGGAGAGUUACUUGAACCUGGGAGACGGAGGUGGCACUGAGUUGAGAUCACGCUGCUGCACUCCAGCCUGGGCGACCGAGUGAGACUCCAUCUCAACAAAAAGAAAACAAAUACUUCAUGAAGUUGAACCGUAAUAAUUGCUUAAAGUUCCAUUCAUGUCGCACGCUCAAGCCUAAAGUCAUCAAGGCAAGGGACAUGGACUCUUCCCAUAGGAUGCAAAGUCAGGUCACGUGACAGGAAUAUAUAAUGUUAUUACAUUCAAGGAAUAAUCCUAACACAUCAAGUUAAAGUAAACUGCUUUUGAUCCUCCUUUUGAAAAGGAUGCCAAUUUAGUUGUUAUAUACCAAGUGCCAGAGGCUGAGUUUUUUUUUCUUCCAGUGAAGAUACUGCAUUCAUUGAAAUCAAAACCACACUGAGUUACCAUUUCAUGUUCACUAGGAUGACUGCAAUCAAAAAGAUGGAAAAUGACAAGUGCUGGUGAGGAUGUGGAACAAUUGGAACCUUCGUACACUACUGGUGGGAAAGUAAAAAUGUGCAGUCACUUUGGGAAAGUUUGGCAGUUCUUCAGAUGGUUAAACGUAGAGUUACUAUAUGGCCUAGCAAUUCCCCUUACAGGCAUAUGCCCAAGAUAAUUGAAAAUAUAUGUUCAGGGCUACCCUCUUUGGGUCCCCUCCCUUUGUAUGGGAGCUCUGUUUUCACUCUAUUAAAUCUUGGAACUGAA